GAGAAGUUUCGUGCUGCCCAUUUAUUUGCUUCUCUUUACGGUCGCUCUUGGUGAUUCUUUCAAGAUUAUAUAAUGCAAAUCUGACUGGUGAUGAAGUUGAGCAGAAUCACGCUCAAAGUGAUUCUCAAUUGCCAAUCUACUUGCUUUACUUUGUGGUCGCUCCCGGGAGUUCUUUCCAAUGCAAAAUACGCGACGCUGACUGGUAGAAGUCCAAUGCGAUUUUUAUUUACUCACUUAUUUGCUCUGUUGCAGUUGCUCUUGGUCGGCUUUUUGAAGCAACCAAGGAGAAGCUGGUUGGUGAUGUUGUUUGAGCAGUAGCGUCCUGUCUCGCCAAGAAGAUAGUCCUGCUUGUCUUUACGACCGGUGUUGGUAAUUGUUCCAAAGCAAUCCCAUCAACCAUGGCCCAGGCGUAGUACGCGUCGCAGGUCUAAGCAGCGCCCUCAACAAACCGGGCGUUGCUCCCCGUUUCAAACAAACCGCAGGCAGAGCGCUCGGUCCAGGAGGCAUUUGGCCUGAGCAGAAAGCCAAGCCUCGUGGCAAUCGAGAAACAUUCUGACAGGUACCGCAGAUCAAACUUGCUAUAGAUGAUUUUGCUGCGCUUGUUAAAC